AUGAAUUGCAUUUAUCAUCUUCUAAAUCCUUUAUCAUUUAUAUGUAUAGCCCCUCAUAAUUGUUAACAUUAAAGGAAACUGUGUGCUGAAUGCCUAUAUAAGCAUGGGGUUGAAUUCAAACAUGCAGUUCCAAUCAAUAUAUUUCAAGAAAUGGUUAUUAAGAAACUACAAGAAUAUUAGCUAGAUGAAUCAUCUGAAAUUACAAAAUAGAGAAUGAAUUUUAAAUUGAUGCUCACUCAAACUGAAAGCAUAAUGAAAAAAAUUUGGGAAGAGGUAUCAGAAUCAAUCAAAUAAAUCUAUGAUUUGAUUGAACAAAAAAAUAAAUCAUUUUCUAAUCUUAUCAACGAAAACACUAAUGUAGUUGAAUCCUCCUAUUCUGACUUAGAAAAAUUAGUAUCGCUUUUAGAAGGGAAACCAUUAGAUGAAUGGAUGGCAUAGAAAAAAUUCUUAUUUGUAUAAAUUGGAGAAGGAAAAGAUUUGGUGGGAAUAGGAAGCUAAAGCUUUUAGUGAAAAGCUAAAGAAAGAAAUACUGGAGAUUAAAUCAAUAACAAAGUAGUAUAAAUUAUAUUUCUAGAAUUUAAGAAAUAGUAUUAGAAUAUGAAAGAAAGGAAGAUUUAUAUGAGGUAUUGGCACAGAUAAAAUAUAUGGAUGAAUUAUUCUUUAAUGACAUUAUUGAAUUGCUUAGAAAAGAGAAAAUCAAAAAUAUUAUAGAAGGGCUUUCAAAUAUGAAGAAUAGAGAUUCGCCUAAAGUGAAAUAACUUACUAAUGUAAUCAAAAAUAUCAGCGAAAUUGAUUUUAAUAGUUAGAAUUACUCUACAGAGUAAUAUGAAUAAAUUAGGAAGAAUUUAAUUAAUAAAAUAGCAAAUGAAGAAAAAAUUGUUAGAUUUUUAAAAUUUUUAGUUUAACUAACAGCUAUUGAUGAAAGAUUUAUUUAUUGCGGAUCAAAUUCCCUCAAUUUAUUGGUAGAGAUGAAGGCUGAUAUUAGAGAAGAAAAUUUUGAGAAUAUUAAGGUUAGGAAUACUUCUUUAAUUGGUGCAAAUAUGGUAAGAUGCAAUUUGAAUGGAUCUAAUUUUGAUAAUGUAGAUAUUAGUGGAAUAAAUGUAAAUGGAGCUUUAUUAUUCAAUUGUAUAUGGAAGAAUGUAAAAAUACAUGAGUUAAAUACAUUAGAUGGUCACAGUAACUCUGUAAGAUCUGUCAACUUCUCCCCUGAUGGUACUAUAUUAGUAUCUGGUAGUAAUGACAACUCUAUUCGUUUAUGGGAUAUUAAAACAGGAUGCUAAAUUGCCUAAUUAUAUGGUCAUACUAACGCUGUUUGUUCAGUCUGUUUCUCUCCUGAUGGUAAUACAUUAGCAUCUGGUAGUUAGGAUAAGUCUAUCCGUUUAUGGGAUCUUAAGACAAGAUAAUAAAAAGCAAAAUUAGAUGGUCAUAAUUGUGCUGUCUACUAAGUCAGCAUCUCACCUCAAGGUAUUUUAGCAUCUGGUAGUAAUGAUAACUCAAUUCGUUUAUGGGAUAUUAAAACAGGAAAUUAAAAAGCCUAAUUAGUUGGUCAUACUGGUGCUGUUUGUUCAGUAUGUUUCUCUCUUGAUGGGAAUACAUUAGUAUCUGGCAGUAGAGAUAAGUCUAUCCGUUUAUGGGACAUUAAGAAAAGAUAAUUAAAAGCCCAAUUAGAAGGUCAUUAAUAUUCAGUUUUAUCAGUCUGCUUCUCUCCAGAUGGUAUUAUAUUAGCAUCUGGUAGUGUUGAUAACUCAAUCCGUUUAUGGGAUGUAAAGAAAGGGUAUUAAAAAGCCAAAUUAGAUGGGCACGCUAAUAUUGUGUAUUCAAUCUGUUUUUCUCCCGAUGGCGCUACAUUAGCAUCUUGUAGCGAUGAUUAGUCUAUUCGUUUAUGGGAUGUUAAGACGGAAUAAUAAAAAGGCAAAUUAGAUGGUCAUAGCGAUGCUGUUGUCUCAGUCUGUUUCUCUUAUGAUGGUACUACAUUAGCAUCUGGUAGUCAUGAUAACUUUAUUCGUUUAUGGGAUCUUAAUACAGGAUAUUAAAAAGCCAAACUAGAUGGUCAUACUAAUUUUGUUUAUUCCGUCUGCUUCUCCCCUGAUGGUACUACGUUAGCAUCUGGUAGCAAUGAUCACUCUAUUUGUUUAUGGGAUGUUAAGACUGGAUAAUUAAAAACUCAAUUAGAUGGGCAUUCCAAUUUAGUCAUAUCAGUUUGUUUCUCUCCUGACGGUAGUGCACUUGCAUCUGGAAGUAAUGAUAACUCUAUUCGCUUAUGGGAUAUUAGAGUAGGAUAAUAACGAACAAAAUUAGAUGGUCAUUAAUAUCCAGUUAAUACAGUCUGUUUCUCUCCUGAUGGCAAUACAUUAGCAUCUGGUAGCGAUGAUAAGUCUGUUCGUUUAUGGGAUGUUAAUACAGGAUUCUAGAAAGCCAAAUUAGAUGGUCAUACUCAUUAUAUUAUUUCAGUUUGUUUCUCUCCAGAUGGAACUACAUUAGCAUCUGGGAGUUCAGAUAACUCCAUCCGAUUAUGGGAAGUUCUGACUGGAUAAUAUAAAGUAAAAGAAAUUCGUCUUAGUGAUUCUGUUGUUUCAGUAUGUUUCUCCCCUAAUGGUUGCACAUUAGCAUCUGGUAGUGUAGAUAACUAUAUCCGAUUAUGGGAUGUUAAAACAGGAUAUUAAAAAGCCAAAUUAGAGGGUCAUAGUGAUUCUGUCAUAUCAGUUUGUUUCUCUCCUGAUGGUACUAUAUUAGCAUCAGGCAGCUAUGAUAAAUCUAUCCGUUUUUGGGAUGUUAAGACAGGAUAUUAAAAAGCUAAACUAGAUGGCCAUACAAAAACUGUUUAUUCAGUCUAUUUCUCCUCUGAUGGUACUAAAUUGGCAUAUGGAAAUAAUUAUACAUAAAUCCAUCUAUGGGAUGUACAAACAGUUUAAUAAAUCUUACCUUUAGAAAAUCGUUACAAAGAUAUUCUAGAAGAUUUUAGACUCCCCGUUGUUUAAAGCAAUUUUCAUUCUGAAAGUGGUAUUUAUUUUUUCGCUGUUAUUUAGCUUAGUGCAUUUUUACUAUUCUUCAAAUAUCCUAAAACCUAAAUUUAGAAGCAUAAGCAGCAUUAAUCUUCAAAGGCGAAUAUCUUAAUUAUCAAGGCAUAGAUUUAAGAUAAUUAUUUAAAUCUAAAGGAAGUUACAUUUUAGAAAGCUAUCUUGAAUUUCAAUCAAUUUGA